CUUUAACUUUUACUCACCAUUCACCGCUAAGUCGUCGCCAUCCUCACGGAGGAUUCUUACACCUUCUUUUAUAAACCCUACUCCUGUUAGGAUCGUCUUUCGAUCAGACAUGAAGGUCUUUUCCAACUCGCACACAUUCGACUACUCGUGGGAAGAAGUAUCAACCGCCAACUGGCGGAAGUACUGCCCCUGGAACGACAAGUCUACCCACGUCAUAGCCGUCGAUACCCUCAACCGAGAAGUCGAUCCAGCCACCGGUAUCCUACGAACAGAGCGUCUUAUCACAUGCAGACAGUCGGCACCAGAAUGGCUCAAGUCAAUCAUCGGCUGCAUGGAGACAAGCCAAGUCUUUGAAACAUCCUACGUCGACCCGGCAGCAAAGACCGUCACCAUGGUGUCUCAGAAUGUCACAUGGGCAAAUCUCGUCAACGUUCAAGAGACGGUUGUCUAUCGUCCCCUUGACGCGCACAAGACACAAUUCGAGCAAGACGCGAGGAUAACGGCACUAUGCGGAGGUUGGCAGAAGAUAAAGAACAGCAUCGAGGACUCCUUGGUUACACGAUUCAAAGAAAACGCGACAAAAGGCAAGGAGGGUUUCGAGUGCGUCUUGGCCAUGAGCCGACGGGUCUUUGCGGAGGAACGAGAAAGAGAGAAGAUGCUAAGCGAAGGCAAGAUGAUGGCAUAGAUGUCACCGUGGCCCGGCCAAUUAUAUAUGCAUUUCCCAUCCGCCACGAACCAAUACCAACGUUCCGCGAAGACUACGACGAAUCGGAUAGACGACACACAACCAAUAGCAUUUUCAGGAGUCUUCUAGAGGGUGGUGGACCCCUUUUGUUUUAACCACAAUAAAAAAGCACGGCGUUUUCGGCAUACCCAGUGAGAUUGUGUUGCAUAGAAAAAGGAGAAUAGAAUUGCUAGUGUUUCUAGCAACGGUUUUGCGUCUCGACUCCGUGUGUUAGGGCAGUUGCUAGAUUUAGAAGUAGAUCUGAUUCUGUUUCUGUUUAGAGGAAAGGACAGGGUGAAGCUAAUCAAUCACUCCUCCCAUUGAGACCAUCUAUCAAUGUCUUCUAGUUACGUGCUAGGUUAUU